CUCUUUCUUUUAUGCCUUCCUGAAUCUGCUGAUCAGCGCCUUUGUGGUGUUCAUCACGUUUAUUGCCAGCACUAUAGUGAGCGUAGGAUUUAACAUGUGGUGUGAUGCAAUUACCGAGAAAGGAAGCAUGCCGAACAGCUGUGAAGAGUUACAGGACAUAGAUCUCGAGCUGAACCUGGAAAACUCUGCUUUCUACGACCAGUUUGCCAUUGCGCAGUUCGGGCUCUGGGCCGCCUGGCUGACCUGGCUGGCCAUCACGGCGCUGGCGUUCCUGAAGGUGUACCACAACUACCGGCAGGAGGACCUGCUGGACAGCCUGGUGCACGAGAAGGAGCUGCUGCUGGGCCGGGCCCCGUCGCGGGGCUCCCUGCUGGAGGAGAAGAGCGCCAUGAUCUGA